AUGCCCCGCGCCUUCCUGGUGAAGAAGCCGUGCGUGGCCACGGCCAAGCGCAACUGGAGCGAGCUCCCGGACGAGCAGCGGGCGGAGAUCUACGUCCCCAUUUGCCUGGGGGGCUGCCCCCUGCGCAGGGACCCCGAGCCGGCGGUGGGGGAGGCGCCCGCGUCCCCCGUGUCCCCCCUCGACAUGACGUUGCCCCCCCCGGCCCCCCGCGCCCCCCACGGCCCCUUCCUGCACCCCAAGGGCAAGGUACCAUCGGGCCCCAUGGGUGCCCCCAUCCCCCCGGGCAUCCCCAUCCCCGGGGGGGUCCCGGGGGGGGUCCCGGUCCCCGGGGGGGUCCCCGGGGGGACGGAGCUUUUCUCCUGCCCCGUGUGCCAGAAGAGUUUCGGGUUCCAGCGGAUGCUGAACCGGCACCUGAAGUGUCACAGCGAGGUGAAGCGGCACCUGUGUCCCUACUGCGGGAAGGGCUUCAACGACACCUUCGACCUCAAGCGGCACGUCCGCACCCACACCGGCGUGCGGCCCUACAAGUGCAGCCUGUGCGAGAAGGCCUUCACGCAGCGCUGCUCCCUGGAGUCCCACCUGAAGAAGAUCCACGGGGUGGCCCAGCGCUACGCCUACAAGGAGCGACGGGCCAAGCUCUACGUCUGCGAGGAGUGCGGGGGCACGGCCGAGAGCCAGGACGCCCACCUGGCCCACCUGCGCCAGCGCCACCCCCACAGCCCCCUCCUGGCCAAACUGGCCCGCAAGGCAAGCCACCCCUAG